AGCGAUAUGUAUAGUAUGACUUCGGGAAGUGCGAUGACGUUGAGACAGGUCCGAAUCUCUCUGAUGAUAUUGCAGCCAGUGGCCGACCACGCGAGUCGUCUCCACCGGCUCUAGAAGUGUCUAACUGUUCUAUUUAUCGUGAAACCAACAUUUCGACGUUGUAUUUAAUUUUCCUGUUGGAAAUUCGAAGGUUUUGCGAUAGAAUUUUCACCGUCGAUCGAGAGAAUAUUUCGCAAAACCUCGGCGAUCUUUCGAAAAACCCGUCGCUAGCUUGACUCAUGCGGCGUUGCUUGAUCGAAGUGGGGGAGGUGCGCUCCGAAAUGCCGGAGCUUUAGUAGUAUAGACCACUGUUGGUGUGAAUGGCCCCGGGAGCCGGUGCGCGUGCGCGUGUACCUAUAUUUAUUUCUUGUUUGUGACUUGUGUGUCGUGUUCGUGAUUUGCGGCUGCUGCUGAUGGUACCCUCGCUGCGCGUUCAAAACAUUGGCUCGGCUUGUCUACUGCGGCAUUAUUGUUUUGACGACGACAACGUGACAAAGCUUCAAAAUGAGCGUGACACUGCACACAGACGUGGGUGAUAUCAAAAUAGAGCUGUUUUGCGAACUGUGUCCGAAAACUUGCGAGAAUUUUCUGGCUCUCUGCGCAUCCGACUACUACAACAACUGUACGUUUCAUAGGAAUAUCAAGGGUUUCAUAGUUCAGACUGGAGAUCCAACGCAAACUGGUAAAGGUGGAACUUCAAUCUGGAACAGAAAGUUCGAGGAUGAAUUUAAAGAGGAGUUGAAGCACAAUGCCAGGGGAUUGGUUUCCAUGGCUAACAACGGACCCAAUACCAAUGGAAGCCAGUUUUUCAUAACUUAUGCGCCACAACCACAUUUAGACCUUAAAUACACUUUGUUUGGAAGAGUUAUAGAUGGCUUAGAUACACUAGAACAAUUGGAAAAAUUACCAGUCAAUCCUAAGAAUUUUAAACCACUCACAGAAACUAGGAUAAAUAACAUAACGAUUCACGCUAAUCCGCUAGCUGGCUAAGAUAUACUCAUAGGCAAGAGGAAAAUCAACUCACCUAUAAUGACAACGUCGGCGCUCUCGGGUAGAUCUGCUGCAGCCGCCGGCUUCGCUGCAUCCCUCAUCAGCUGUCCGCUCGUGGCGAGGCUCCGCGAACGAGGCGCAAAUGGCCCGUUCCACUUGGCGAACUGCGCAAAGAGGCUCUCUAUUAUUCUUCAAACGCGUGCGAAAAUCAACUUCCUACUCGGACGACGUGCAUCCAUUAAGCUAUUAUAAUUCAUCGGGUAUAUCGCGCGUUAUAAAUGAAUGUUUAUAAGCUCUCGAAAUCAGAGUGGAAUGUUAUUGUUUUCUUUUGCCUUUUUCUCGCGCGGCCGAGCUUGACUAUAUCUUGGCAAUCGAUUGCGUAUCGCUUAAUUACUUCAUCGUCCGUGAAAGAACAACUGCAGUCGUCUAUGGAAACUCGGUAGAAUUUCUUGAAAUUUAAUCGGAAUGAAAAAAAAAAAAUAAAUAAAUAAAUAAAUAAAUAAAUAAAA